GGCCUUCUGGGUAGUCAUGGCGUCAUUGAAUUGUAGGACUGCGGUCUGUGUGAUCUGUUUGGAGAAGCCGAAAUACCGUUGCCCGGCUUGCCGCGUUCCCUAUUGCUCGGUCGCCUGUUUCCAGAAGCACAAAGAGCAGUGCAACUCUGAAGUCCAUCUUGUUGAGAAGAAAACAACAGCAGCUCCUGUGAGCUCUGAGGAGAACAAAGAUGAUGACUCCUCUGUAGCUGAUUUCCUCAACAGUGAUGAGGAGGAAGACAGAGUGUCUCUGCAGAAUUUAAAGAAUCUAGGCGAAUCAGAGACUUUAAGAAGCUUACUGCUCAACCCGCACCUGAGGCAGCUGAUGCUGAGCCUGGAUCAGGGCGACGACAAAGCGAGGCUCAUGAGAGCAUGCAUGCAGGAGCCCCUGUUUGUGGAGUUUGCAGACUGCUGCUUAAGGAUCGUGGAGCCGUCCCAGAACAGGGAUUCUUAGCUCAAGCUGCCGGCGGCUGCCAUCAUAGCACAUGUGGGCCUUCUCCAGCACGUGGCUUGCUGCAUAGCCUUCAUGGAGAAGAAACUUGUAGCCCUGGAGUGAUGGCUCUGCAGUUAAGAGCAUUGACUGCUUCUUCCAGAGAACCCCAAUUUUCAGCACCCACUUGACUACUUACAACUGUAAUUACAGUUUCAGAGGAUCUGACACCCUGUUCUGGCCUCCAGGUACUAUAUUCGUGUGGCACACAGCCAUAUGUACAGGAAAAAAACUUACAUAAAAUACUUAAAAACAAAAAGUUGGUUAUUUGUAUUUAUAUGGUGGAUCUAAAUUUUAUUUCUUGUACAGUUCAGAGUUACAUCAUAAAUAUCAAGUGUAUCCAUUUGAAUUAAAAACUGAUAGUGUUAUUAAAUUUAAGGCGUGAUUCUCUUGA